GUCUUAUAAAUCCUCUACCAUUUUCUUCUUUCACUCUAUUUUUCCCUUCUCUUUUUCCCUCAUCACUCUCUCUCUCACCUGACCGACACUGUGGAGGAGAAAACGACGAAGCUUUUUCUGCAUCGAUAACUUUCGGAAGGUAGAUGGUAUGGUAGCAUAACUCUGCGUCGAGACAUGGUUUGAGGAAUUAGAGUGUUUCUUUUCCGCUUCAAGCUUCUACUCGCGGUUUGCUUUUUCUGUAGAUUUAGAUAGUCCCUGCAAUACUUGAGUGAACAUGGGAGCAGCUUGUUGUGUAGCUGCAAGAGAUAAUGAUUUUCCCACCGGGACUGGAUGUCGAGCAUUGCAUGGGAAUGCCGGGUGUUCUCCAACAUUGAGUUUUCAUUGGGACAACAGAAGGCGCGUGGCUGGUGAAAUUGAGGACUCCUCGUACCAAAUGUCUCGUGGAGUCAGCAGAGAUGUUAGUGUGGAGAUGAAGGGGACUUUAGGUUCUGACAGAGGUAAUCUUUCAGAUGGGUUAAGCCCACUUGAGAGCCUUGGAACACCUAUAUCUUUGAAAUCGCCGGUUCAUGAAGGAAUGGGUGUAAAUUUGACGACUCAACCUUCAGAUCUAUCCAUGGAAAGCAAUUACCCUAUGGAAGUGAAGAGCUUGGCGGAAUCACCUGAUAUUGCAGACUUGCCAUUACCGAAGAUUGCUUAUUCUGUACAGUCAUCAUUUUCAACACCUACUGCUGAUCCUUUACCAACCUGUGGCCAUCCACUCCCUCCCAACUCAACCCCAUCGAGACGGGCUCGUCGCUCACCUGGUCACCGGUUAUUAAGACAGAUUUCUGAUAGUCGAAUCCUGGGAUUAAAAUCACCAAAUAACUAUUCUUUGUCUGAAGGAAGGUCAUCAUUUGUGCUCUCCACUUGCAGCCAUGACUUAGCAGUGGAAUCCCAUGGUGGAUCUUCAGAUGGGUGGUCCAUGAGAACCUUCUCUGAGCUUGUGGCCUCUUCACAAAGAGGGAGGUGGUCUUUUGACAGUGAGCACUUUGGCGCUGGCUUUGGAAAAAUAAGUGGAUGUAGCAGUAGGUUCUCGUAUUCUCCCUCCUUAGAUCCGCAAGCUUGCGGAGCUUGCUCAAAGUUCUUGACUGAGAAAUCUGUGUGGAGUAGCCAGAGAAUUGCUGGCACCCAUGAGUUCCCAGUGGUUGCUAUGCUGGUAUGUGGUCAUGUAUACCAUGCAGAGUGCUUGGAGGCCACAACACCGGAGGUUGACAAGUAUGAUCCUGCAUGCCCAAUAUGUGAGGGCGGAGAGAAGCAAGUCUUGAAGAUGUCCAAAAAAGCUUUAAAAACAGAAGCAGAAUUAAAAGCAAAAAGCCUUAAGAUAUCAAGAAACCGAGUCGUUGAUAGUUACCUUGAUAGUGAUUCUGAUGAUUUUUAUCAACAGAAGAAUGCCAUACAAGACAGAGAUGCUGCAAAGAUGGAUCCCAGUUCUAGUGUAGCAAGCUCCUCCUUGAAGCCAUUCUUGAGGCGACACUUUUCAUUUAGGUCCAAAUGGAGUAGAACCCUUUCAGAGAAAAAAGGGUUUUGGGCAAGACAUCGCAAAGAUUGACUUGACUAGUUUGAGUUGACUGGAAAUGCUGGAGAUGUGACAAUCCUGUAUGAUUGAAGGAGAAGGCUGUGAUUGAACUCAGGCUUUGAGCACAUUCGUUCUAUUCAAAUCCUUGUCUUGCCUAUUCGACAGUCAUUGUCCCUCACUCGCCCUCUCUUCGGCUCUAGUUUUCUGAAAAAGAAACAGGAAAAUAGGAUUCAGAUAAUCCAUUUACAGAUGUAGUCUAGGAUCAUCCAUCUGAUCUCUGAAGCCCUUGAUUUUGCUAUCCAUGGGCUAGACUGAAUUUUGAUAAUUUUCUGCACUUUCAUAUUCCAUCAAUCAAUGCUAGGAUAAUUUCUUAUGUACGAUGGAUAUUUAUCCCACUCUUGUAAGUUGUACCUAUCGCCAUGCCUUUGGUAUGCGAGUUCUAUUAUGUGAAGUUGCUGCACAAAAUUAGCCA